CGAGACGGGAACUUUAACGCAGUGUAGAUCUGGAAGUGAGAGUGGGAGGUUGUGCGUCGCUCCCUUCCUGUCUUCCUUGGACACCUGUUACCUGUAGUUUAAUUAGCUCAGUGGUGGGGGUGCCAGUCUCUCUGAGGGGCAAAGCACAGGCUGCCAGAUGAAGUGGGCGGCGGCGGUGGCGGUGGUGGUGGUGGCCGUGGGCGUGAUGGUGGGCGGCGCUGAGGCCAAAGGGACCUACAGCGUGGUGGCCUCCAGAGUGCUCCGGCCCAACCAGGUUUUCCACGUAGCGGUGUCUAGCCACGGCACGGAGGGGGAUGUGCAAGUGAGCGCAGAGGUCGGAGGGGAGCAGGAUUCAGGCAAUAUCAUUCUGCUCAGACAGAUUGCCGACCUCCAGCCUGACUCUACCCAAGUUUUGAAGUUUGAGAUAGGAGACAUAGGGCCUGGCCAGUACAACCUCUCCGUGUCUGGCUUCGGGGCCCUCACCUUCAGGAACACCACGAAGCUCGACUACGUGCACAAAUCCUACUCUGCCUUCAUCCAGACUGACAAGACGAUCUACAAACCCGGCGACCUGAUGCGCUUCCGUGUGGUUGUAGUGAACCCAUUGCUGAGACCCUUCGUUACUGGUUCCAUCGAUGUUUAUGUGACGGACGGAGCAGGACACAGGGUAAGGCAGUGGAAACGAGUUUUCACCAACAAGGGGGUGUGGUCAGGGGAGCUGCAGCUGGCGAAGGAGCCUGUGCUAGGGGAUUGGAACAUCACGGUGGAGGUGCUGGGCCAGAAGACUUCCAGGGCGGUGCAGGUGGCUUACUACGUCCUCCCAAAGUUCGAGGUUAUAGUGACGCUGCCUGAAUAUGUGACGUUUGACCAGGGCGAGAUGGUGGCGACGGUGGAGGCAAAAUACACGUACGGGAGGGCAGUUAAGGGCGAGGUCACACUGCAGGUCACCCCCACCUACAAGUAUGGCUACCUGCAGGCGCCCUACGAUGACCCUAUCCGCGUGGUCAAGGCUAUCAAGGGCAAGACUGAUGUUACCAUUGACCUGCUGAGUGACGCGAGACUCAAGGGAGACUACGCCAGGGAACUCGAGGUCACAGCGUACGUGAAGGAGGAGCUGACGGAGAGGGUUCAGAAUGCCACCUCGCACGUCACAGUUUACCGCUACCCGUACCGCCUUUCUCUCAUCCGUACCUCCGAUUCCUUCAAGCCGGGCCUCACCUACACCGCCUUUCUCAAAGUGUCCUACCAAGACGACACCCCGGUCACUUCUGGCGAGGUUACCGUGAGACACUCCUUCACACGGGACCCCAGUGGCUUUACGGAGGAGGUUCACACUAUAGAACCUUCAGGAAUCGUGACUCUACAGUUCACCCCGCCCCUGGAUGAGAGUGUGGUGAGCCUGGCGCUGGAGGCACGCUACAAGGACCUGACGCAGUGGCUAGGGGACAUCGUGAGGGCGCAGAGUCCCAGUAAUUCCUUCCUGCAGGCGACUCUACAGACGGAGAAUCCAAGAGUUGGGCAGGAUGUGGAGCUCUCCCUGGUCACCACUCAGCCGGUUGGUGGCGAGAUACUGAUUGGCCUGAAUGCAACCCAGCCGCUGGUGUAUUUUGUCUAUCAAGUGCUGGGGCGAGGAGAUGUGGUGUUCAGUAAUAUGCAGGCUCACCAGGGCACCACUCACACCUUCAGGUUCCUGGCCACCCGAGACAUGGCCCCACGUGCUCGCCUCCUGAUGUACUACGUGAGGGAUGAUGGGGAGGUGGUGGCUGACUCACUCCACUUCACUGUGUCUGGGGCAAUUCAGAAUGAGGUGACAGUUAACCUCAACCCGAAUGUGGUGGAUGCAGCAGGUGAGGUAGACAUCACUGUCACCACCAAACCCAAUGCCUUUGUCGGAGUGUUGGCGGUGGACCAGCGUGCCCUCAUGCUCGGCACCCACAAUCACUUCUCCCAGCAUGAGGUGAUUGAUGAGCUGGAGACAUACGACCCUGGCAGAAAGACCUUGGAGGCGCCCUGGCACGCCCUUAGCAGAAAGAAGCGAGCUCUCUUCAACUGGAUGGGCACCACAACCACCAGUGAUGUCUUCAAGAACGCUGGCAUUGUGGUGCUGACUAAUGGUUACGUCCACGACUUCAAUCCAUUCCCCACAGCCAAUCAACCUCCCAGCGACAUCACAGGCGAGAUUCCCUUCCACCGACAAACCGCCGUCAAUGGAUCCUUUGGCCGCGAGUUUGCCCCCAUCGAUGCCUCCACCCUGCGUCCUGACCUUGGUCCCGGCCUUGCCUACAAUGCCCCCACACGUCCCCCGCUGGCCGGCCCCUAUGCCUUCUCCUACCUGCCUCCACCGCCUGACUCCAGGCCACGUCUCUACCUCAACCAGCAUGUUCCUCCCACCUGGCUCUUCCUUGAUGCUGAGACAAAGUUCAAUGGUGUGGUGAGGAUGCGGGAGAAGGCACCAGACGCCAUCACCUCCUACAUGAUCUCAGCCUUUGCCAUUGAUGAUCUCUACGGCCUUGGGGUGACAGAGCGCCCUACCAAGCUGCGAGUGUUCCGGCCAUUCUUUGUGUCAAUGAACCUCCCUGCGGCGGGCGUGGUGCGCGGGGAGGCCGUGGCAGUGGAGAUGGUCAUUUUCAACUAUGGGGAUCAACAGGCCACAGCGCAGGUCACUCUGGAGAAUCCCAAUGAGGACUUCCUGUUUGCUGACUUUGCCAAUGAGAUCGACCAAGGCUCCCCAGCAGCAAUGAAGAGCAGAGAGGUUGUGGUGGCAUCAGGUACUGGCAUGAGUGUCAGCUUCAUGGUGGUGCCACAGACUAUCGGCAACAUCCCCAUCACCGUGAGGGCCACCACUGCCUCCGCUGCUGAUGUGGUCACCAAGCAGCUUCUUGUCAAGCCCGAAGGAACUAGACAGACGGUGAACAGAGCCAUGCUGAUUGACCUCCGCUCUGAGACUUCCUUCUCCGCUACUGUCAACAUCACCACUCCCAACGUUGUCAAUGAAUCCAAGGCAAUCUCCGUCACUCUCGUUGGUGAUGUGCUUGGUCCUGCUGUGAGUGACCUGCAGAGUCUGGUGGAGCUGCCAACAGGGUGUGGUGAGCAGAACAUGGCCAAGUUGGUGCCCAACAUUGUGGUGACGGAGUACCUCAAGAACAAGAACCAGCUGGAUGAGUCUCUGCUGGGGCGUGCCAAGAGACACCUGGAGACUGGCUACCAGCAGCAGCUCAACUACCGUCACCCUGAUGGCUCCUUCAGUGCCUUUGGGAGUCGGGACAAGUCGGGCAGCACCUGGCUGACGGCAUUCGUGGCCAAGUCACUGGCGGAGGCUGGGCGGCACAUCGAGGUGGAGGCUGAGGUGGUAGAUAAAGCAGUGGAGUGGUUGAGGAGCCAGCAGGUAGCGGACGGCAGUUUUCCCGAGGUGGGGACAGUGAACAACAAGGCCAUGCAGGGCGGAGCGGCCUUUGGGUCAGCACUCACAGCUUAUGUGGUCAUGGCGCUGCUCACCACUCAGAACCCACCCAAAGCAAUUGUCAGGAACAGCAUCAACAGAGGCCUGGACUUCCUGGCCAAGCGACUGGAUGACAUAGAGGACUUGUACAGCCUUGCCCUCACCACCUAUGUACUGCACCUUGCUGACCACACACACAAGGAUGCUGCCUUCUUCAAGCUGGAGAGCAAAGCUAAAAUACAAGAGAAUGAGAAGUGGUGGGAGUCUGGGCCACUGAACAGGACAGUGGAGACAAUGGUGGACACGCGGUCUGUAGACGUGGAGAUGACGGGAUAUGGCCUGAUGACCUAUGUGCGCCGUGGCUUGGUGCAGGAUGCCCUACCCAUCAUGCGCUGGUUGGUGAGGCGACGCAACACACACGGCGGCUUCAUGAGCACACAGGACACUGUGGUGGCGUUGGCGGGACUGGCGGGGCUGGCUGAGCGACUUACUGCUGCUAAUUCUCGAGUCAACCUGAGACUGAUCUAUGGCGCACGAGGCAAGAACCUUCAGGUGAACAGCGGCAAUACAAUGCUGCUGCAGCGUGUGGAGCUCCCCAGCGACACGGAGCGGAUAGAGCUGAGUGCGAGUGGGACAGGUGUGGCGGUGGUGCAGGUGACCUACCACUACAACCUGAAGGUGACUGGACCCAAGCCGGCCUUCUCCUUGGAUCCUCAGCUGGACUUCUCUAUGUCCGACACUAAUCGCCUCAGACUCACUUCCUGCAUUGGGUACACUGGCGGCAACAAUAGCAACAUGGCAGUGAUGGACGUGUCUCUGCCCUCAGGUUACAUCGUAGACAAUGAUCUUAUCCCAGGGCUGUACGACUACGAGGGCGUCAAAUUGGUGGAGAAGAAGCCAGACAGCUCCGGUGUGCUGGUGUAUUUUGACCACCUGACGCCCGUUGAGGUGUGCCCCACUGUGGCAGCCUACAGGAUCAACAAGGUGGCCUUCCAGAAGCCCUCUGCUGUCAGGGUGUACGACUACUAUGACACCUCUCGACAGGCCCGCCAGUUCUACCGCCCACUACCAGCCAAGCUGUGCGACAUCUGUGACCUGGACGAGUGUGACCCCCGCCAGUGUGAGGAGCAGAUCAUUGAGCUCAACAGACAGCUUCAGGACCCCGAGGACAUAGAGCGGCCUGCCACAGUGACGGAGAUCUCCUCAGGUUCUGCUCUUGUCCCUGCCCUGACCACCACCUGCUUGGCUCUUCUCGCUGCUUUCCUUCAUCACUAGUUGUAUUGCCUCUCGUCUGCCCCAGCCUGGUCUCUCCUGCCAUGCUCUUUGCCUCACCCUGCUGGAGUCUGGUGUAGGUUGUGAGGUGUAUGAGGUGGUUAAGUGGUGGCAAAGUCCCAAAAAAGGUGUUGAAGUUGCAAGGAAAUCAAAACCUGAGACCUUGUGGGUGUGGAAUGAUGUAUUUUGUUCAUUGGCUGUGUUCUUGGAAAAAUUUUUAUACUGAUUUUAUACUAUAUUUUUGUAUACUGACAUUUUUAUACACAACUGAGUUUUUUAAAUGGGAAAUAUUUUAUAGUAAUUAAACUACUUUAAAAUAUAAUACUAUAUCAGAUUUCCAAAAGAGUAAAAAAAACAUGUAAAUAUGAGAAGGAAAGAACUGAAAUGAAUAAGAAUGGAGAAAUGAAACUUACUGUACAUAGUUUGAUUUGUAAAUACAACACAUGUCUUUCCUUCAGUGGGAGAGAGAAGCUUGGUGGGGGUGGCAGGAGUGGGAUGUAUGGGUGUGUUGUGUGUGUGGGCAGGCAAGCCACAUACCACACACCCUCCUUGGUGGGAUGCUGAGGUUCAAAAUGCUGCUGCACACACACUCACUCAAUCUGUAAGAGGUGCUGAGCAAGUUAAGUGCGAGUGAUGACAGUCUCUACCAGUUCUCAGGCUAAGAUGGUGAAUUUCUCUGGUCAUAUGGAAAUAGGAAGGUUAAUCUGGAGAGUACAGUACUAUUUAGUAUAAAAAGACAGUUGUACUACCUUUCCUACAGAUUAGCAUUUUAAGUCACUUGGCUUGUACUGAUGUAAAGUUAAGCUGGAGAGAAUGCUAAAUCACUUGGCUUGGACUGAUGUAAAGUAAAGCUGGAGAGAAGAAAUGUUUAGUGUAGCAAAGUCAUGACAUUAAUUUACAGAUGAGCAUUUUGAAUUUCACUUAUUUCUGUUGUAAAGAGUCAAGGGAACAAGGGAAGCCAAGGUGCACGGAGCCACACUGAGGUGGCCAGAGGUCCUCACACUACACCACCACACCACCACUACAUGGGUGUGCAGUGGAUACUGAGGCCUCUGCUCUGGGAAGCUUUUAUUCACUUGUACUCACUUACUCACACAAGACUCUUUACAAAUGCUAUUGGUUGGUCUGGUCUGCUGUUUAUUCAUUGGCUUGGACACUCCCUUAAUUCAAUUCAGUCAUCUACUUAGGAGUGUCCAGGCUGAUGCAGUAGUUAACAGACUUGACGACAGUUAUUGAACAGUAACUAAUCAUUAAUACCUGUACCAAGCUUUAAUAUUCCGGGAUGCAAUGCAUUCCGUGUAUACAUGACGUGUUUGUGUGUGUUCUGCAAGACGAGCUUGUGGUGCACUCGCUUCCUAACCCUAACAAGCAGCCUACAGGGGAAGGCUUGGUGUGAUGCAAACCUAACAUUCUACUACAGUCAUUGCAAGAGUUUAUUAUAAGUUGUGAUACAUAUGACAUGAGAAGCAGUUAGAGGGUCAGCACUUCUAAGCUCUGUCAGUCUAUCAGUCCGUCAGUCCGUCCAUUGCAUCACGUGGUGUGCUCAGUCACUUAUCCGUCCACUCAUGCUGGUAACCAAUGUAUGAGGCAUCGUUCUAUUGGUGUAUUUACCCUGGUUAAUUUAUAAUAAACUAUACAAAUGUUC